AUGCCAGAAGCUACGAUGCCCCACAAGCGGGUGUUGGUCGAUACGAACCAAAAUGCCCGCAACGGCGUCGCAUCUGCUAAUGCGCUAAAAAAGCGAAAGCUGGAAAAUCAACCUUCAUCAGAGCUGAAGCCGCCCAUGGCGUCAUUUCAAAGGAAAGGCUUUGGAUCAAGUCAACCACAGAAGAGUCAGUUCGAGUCGGAAGUGCUGGAGAAAUUUACACAGGACAUCGGAGACUUGAAAGAGAACAACGCGGAAAAGGACCAACAGUGGGAACGUCCGCCGCUGCCUCUAUGGGACCCAGCGAAGGAAAAUGUUUGCUUCCAACAAAUUGAUGCUGAGGAAGGAAGACUGCCUCGCGGAGAUGUCAUGGCUGUCCGGCUCUUUGGUGUCACAGAGGCUGGUCAAUCGGUUUUGCUUCAUGUCACCGGCUUCCAACACUACCUCUACAUUGCCGCUCCUGUCGGCUUCACCGAAGCGGAUUGUGAUCCAUACAGGGCUUUCUUGGAGACUAAGAUCGCGCAACCUUCAAGGGUCAUCGAGAAAGUGGAGGUCACAUUGCGAGAGAAUAUCUAUGGUUUCCAGGGAAAUAAGAAGAGCUGGUACCUCAAGAUCACAGUUGCUGAUCCCAAGUUCAUUGCUAAAGUGCGCUCCAUACUGGAGGGCGGCGGAUCUGGCAUGAAUUACAAGGGCUUGUGGAGCAAUAUGGACUCGGGGGUCCUCACUUUCGACAACAUUCAGUACCUUUUGCGAUUCAUGAUCGAUACCGGGCUAGCCGGAAUGGCCUGGGUGGAGGCGAAGGCAGGCAAAUACAAGCUUUUGCCCGAGCAAGACAAGCUGUCGAACUGCCAGAUUGAAGCUGUCGUCGACUACCGUGAUAUGAUCGCUCACCCACCAAAUGGCGAGUGGGCAAAGAUGGCACCGCUCCGUGUUUUGUCGUUCGAUAUUGAGUGUGCUGGCCGACAGGGUAUUUUCCCGGAACCGAACGUGGAUCCGGUAAUCCAGAUCGCGAAUGUUGUUACGCGAUACGGAGAAGAAAAACCGUUCAUCAGAAAUGUGUUCUGUCUUAACGAGACAAGUCUCAUCGUCAACACCCAAGUGUUGGAGUACACAAAAGAGGAGACAAUGCUGAUGGCAUGGCAAAACUUUGUGGAGAAGGUCGACCCUGAUGUGAUCAUUGGAUACAAUAUUGCAAACUUUGAUUUUCCCUAUCUUCUUGACCGCGCCAAACAUCUCAAGUGCCACCAAUUCCCCUACUGGACUCGAUUGAAGGCCAUGAAAACCGAGGCAAAAGAGUCCAGCUUCUCUAGCAAGCAGAUGGGCAACCGAGAAACAAAAGCAACGAACACCAAUGGUCGGAUUCAACUGGACUUGCUCCAGCUAGUGCAACGUGAUCAUCACUUGCGAAGCUACACCCUCAACUCUGUGUCAUACGAAUUUCUGGGGGAGCAGAAAGAAGAUGUUCACCACACUAUGAUCACGGAACUUUUCAAUGGAACCCCUGAUUCUCGGCGCCGGUUGGCAGUGUACUGCUUGAAAGAUGCUUAUUUACCGCAACGACUGAUGGACAAACUAAUGUGUCUGGUCAACUAUACGGAAAUGGCGAGAGUCACGGGUGUUCCUUUCAACUUCCUCCUUUCUCGAGGUCAGCAAGUCAAAUUCAUCAGUCAGCUGUUCCGAAAGGCCCUUGAACAACAGCUCGUUAUUCCAAAUCAGAAAAGCCAAGAUGAACAAGAUUAUGAAGGCGCCACGGUCAUUGAACCCAAGCGUGGAUACUACGGCGUGCCUAUUGCAACCCUUGAUUUUGCGUCGCUAUAUCCUUCUAUCAUUCAAGCGCAUAACCUCUGUUACACCACCCUCCUCAAUAAGACCGCCAUUGAGAAAAUGGGUCUUGUAAAAGAUGAAGACUACAUUGUCACCCCGAACGGAGAUAUGUUCUGCACGACCAAGGUUCGCAAGGGUCUUCUGACACAAAUUCUUGAGGAACUGUUAGGUGCACGUAAACGUGCAAAGAAGGAACUCGCCACCGAGACUGACCCGUUCAAGAAGGCUGUGCUGAAUGGUCGACAGCUUGCCUUGAAGAUUAGCGCAAACAGUGUGUAUGGUCUCACUGGUGCCACAGUUGGCAAGCUUCCUUGCCUGCCCAUUGCCAGUAGUACAACGAGUUACGGUCGUCAGAUGAUUGAGAAAACCAAGCAAGAGGUGGAGGAACGAUAUACCAUUGCCAAUGGGUAUUCACACGAUGCCCAGGUCAUUUAUGGUGAUACUGAUUCUGUCAUGGUCAAGUUCGGUGUCACCGAACUGGCUGACGCGAUGAAGCUCGGUGAGGAGGCUGCAGACUUUGUCUCAUCCAAAUUCAUCAAGCCCAUCAAGUUGGAGUUCGAAAAGGUGUAUUUCCCAUACCUUCUGAUCAACAAAAAGCGGUAUGCCGGUUUGUACUGGACCAACACCAAGAAGCACGACAAGAUGGAUACCAAGGGUAUUGAGACCGUGCGACGCGACAACUGUCUUCUUGUCCAAAAUGUCAUCGAAACUGUUUUGAACAAGAUUCUUAUUGACCGGGAUGUCGACGGUGCCCAAGAAUACGUUAAAUCGACCAUCUCUGAUCUCCUGCAGAACAAGGUUGAUAUGUCCAAGCUGGUCAUUACGAAGGCCUAUGCGCAAAAGGAGUAUACCGCUAAGCAAGCACACGUCGAACUUGCCAAGCGCAUGGCCAAGCGUGACGCUGGUUCCGCCCCGGCCCUCGGUGACCGUGUGGCCUAUGUAAUGAUCCGUGGUGCCACCAACUCCAAAAACUAUGAGCGAGCCGAAGAUCCUAUCUACGUCUUGGAGAACAAUGUUCCCAUUGAUACGAAAUAUUACCUCGACAACCAACUUGCAAACCCCCUUGGUCGUAUUUUCGAGCCCAUUCUGGGUGAGAAGAAGGCCAACCAACUCCUGAAUGGAGAACACACUCGAUCCAUUUCUGUUGCUGCGCCUAGCUUGGGUGGUCUCAUGAAGUUUGCUAAGAAAACUCAAACUUGCAUGGGCUGCAAGAAGCCGCUGUCUGGUAAAGAGGAGAUGGCCGGCGCCGUUUGCGAAAACUGCCGGCCUCGUCUUGGUGAGCUGUACACCAAGACUCUGACCAAGGUUUCGGAUCUGGAGGUGCGAUUUGGUCGUUUGUGGACACAGUGCCAGCGAUGCCAAGGCAGUCUUCACUGCGAGGUUAUCUGUUCAUCGCGUGAUUGUCCCAUUUUCUACAUGCGCAUGAAGGCAAAGAAGGAUGUUGAAGACUCGCAGAAAGAGCUGUCUCGAUUCGAUUUUGAUGCUGGAUCAUGGUGA